UCCUCGUCUCUGUCCUGUGCUCCCCCAGCCACGGGGGACACGACGUAGCUCUGUGUGCUCACCGCCGACGCCGUGUCGUGCAUGUGUAGGCUCAGUAAUAAUCAUCUGAACGUCUAGCAUAGACAUCCAGCCUUCAGAUGUCAUUCAUGGGAGUAUCUGGGCCUACGCCAAGUGUCACAUGGCCCGGCGUUCUCGUCUCCCUCCCUCUCCCCCCACCGGAAGGACCCUGCCUUCCAGGUAGCUGUGUAUUAAAUCGGUGCCCUGUCACUCCACAAGGAGGGCUCUCUAGCUCUCGCACCUCGUGCUGGAGGAAGCACGGGCCUCAGGAGGCAUUCUUCUAACCCUCCGUCGCUGUCAGUGUUAAGCCAGAGCUCACUUGGGGGUGGGAAGGUGGCUCCACCAUUGGGGUGAGCACAGGGGGGCCAUGGAGUAGAGCCACCGUUAUUCCAGGAGGGAGGAAAGCUCCGGCUUCGGGUGAGGUAGGACGUACCUCAGACAGCCCAGCUCAGAAAAUAAUGCGUGUGGGCAGGAGAACGCACAGCCAGGGAUUUCCCACACAUCAGCUAGAAAUUGCUUCCGUUCUGGGGAAAGAGAUAGAUUUCGGACUAGAAAAAGAUUCAGUUGUGACACCUAGUGCCUAAGUUAAGACGUUCAAAUGUUGUUGUUGUUUUAAUUUAAAAAAUAUUUCUGGGGAGCAGAAAUAUUUUUCUAACCUGAUUAUUUUUAGCCAGUUCUUACAGGACAUAGAACACCAGCAACCUUAGAAAAUAGUAGUUUAUUUUUGCAUGUGUUAAAAUGAAUGAAUAUAGGUAUAUUUGGUGAUGCGAUAAGCAAUUAAAGACUUCAGGAGAGAGAAGAAGAAAAAAAUAUAUUUCAGACAUAAAACCAGUCUCAGCAUUUUAUAAAAAUGCUGCCUUAUAUCCAGGACUUCGGUGGUUUUUGUAUGGUUUCUUUGUAGCUAAAGAAAUAAAUGGAAAAGAACUUGUUCUGUGUUUAUCAAAUAAAAGACUUCUCAUUUUAUACAUCAUAUUAUAGGAAAAGCUUUUUUUUUUUUUUUUUUCAACCUGCUGGCUGGAUCUAGAAAAAAAUGUUUCUAGCAAGCCAUGCUGUUUUUCUCUUUAGGGACAUGAUGACACUAGUUUUGUAGCAAAACAUUUUCUGCUUAUUAGGCAUUUCUUUAAAAUCCUGAAUAAGCGGCUCUUUCAACAGUUUUUGUUCUACACGUUAAACAUUUCAUUGCAAUCCGAGCUUCAAUUGUGUAUGCGUUUGUGUGUGCGUGUGUGUGUGCGUUUGUGUGUGCGCGCGCGCAUAUGUGCGUGCAUGCGUGCACGUGCAUGUUGAUAGGAAUGAGAGAGGCUAUGGGUAAGAAUUCUGGAAGAUUUCUUUAAGAAAAAUGAAUUCCUCACAAUUAUGGACGGGAGUCUCCGCAGCAAGUGACUCCCAAUUUAUUGCACAUAGCCAAGUAGAAGCCGUCGUCAGCCUUGAGCAGCAGCAGGGGUAGGGAAGUGGCGUUGAAAAAGACAGGGAAUUUGGUGUUGGAGUGGCUGAGGUUUCAUUUCCAGGAAACAUUUCACUCCUAAGAUGGAUAGCAAUGCAGCGUCGGCCCUGACCUCCUCAUGUCAAUGUCAUCGUGCCAGCGUGGCUAAAAUAAGCCUCAAAGUAAAACAAAGAAACCUCGUCUCCCAGCCUAACGCGACAUCUUCGCCUACAGUAGGUACCGUCCAGAGCCUUUAAGAAAUGGUUUGCGCCUUUAAAUUUUAGCUAUUGGAGGGGGUGGGGUGGGGUGGGGAGGGUGAAGGGGGGAAAAAAAAACAUUCUGCAUUUUUCUACGUUCUGAACACGUAUGGUAUGCUGCUGUAAGUCUUCCUGUUAUCUAGGUCAGGAUGGAUACUAAAGAUAGCGGGUGCGUGCAUCAUUCUCAAUGGUCACAAAACAUCCGGAAAAAAAAAACGCAGCCUCCAUUUAUUCUCCUGUGCUGAUUUCAUUCUGCUGCUAAUUCUAAGAAAACGCAUUCGCAUCUUAGCAUGGCUCUGUCUGAGAUGGUAUCUGCUGUUCUGAAGCGCAGAUACAUUCAGCAGGAUACAUUUACGCUGCUUGUGGGUAAAGGUUAGAGAACCGGUACAGAUGGCUGAUCAUUGUUCUGCAAGUCUGCCGGCACCAUUUAGGAUUUAGAAAAUAAUCUACACACGUUACAGCCACUACCCAGAAUCACGCUUUACUUUGCCAUAGCUUUACAGUCAUUUGGCUUGUGGGGUUUUGUUGUUGGUUUUCACUAGCAAUCCUAUGAACUGAACAGUCUCUAAAAUGCUCUGGGAGCAGAUACGUACUGUACUGAAAGCUUUCUUCCUGGAGAAGACAGGAGUGUGGUCACUGCAGCUCAUUGCUUCUUCCUUAGCAAAAGGAUGGCUUGGAUCUCAGAGGCAGACGCGCACGCUCGCCGUGCAACGGCUCUGCUGAAGUGUCUGCAAUGCCUUCUACUGCCUGGUUGCAGAAUUUGGAGUUGGCUAACCAGGGUUUAGUGAUUGAGCUCAUCUUGCAUCACCAAUUGAUGACAGUUUUCUUUGUUCCCUCCUACCCGGUAGAGCCAAGUCUUCUCUGAGGCCGAUAUGCAUUGUCACUUACAACAUUAAUCAGAUACCGCAUUUAAGGUGAGCUGCCCCUGCCUCCUCCUCCUCCCCGGUGCCCCGGGCUGCUUGCAGCUCCGAUCUCGCUCCUGCGAGCCGAGGAGAGGAUGGCAGGCAGGAUUAGCGGUGCCUGCGUUGUGUGCAUGCUGUGUGUAGAAUUCAUUACACGUUGCCUAGUAUUUCACAUGUGAGUAUGUAAAUGCUCUGCGUCCCAUAUCAUCUGUUAGCGAGGACUCUCUUUCGCCUCAUUACAGCCCUCAAUAUUUCAACAUCACCUUUCAUUUGCGAUUCAUUUGCUUCUGCCUGGUAGCUUUUCAUCACAUUCAGAAAUACAGUUUUACCUUUGUGUGUCUGUGUGUGUCUGUGUGUGUCUGUGUGUCUGUGUGUGUGUGUUAACAAAGCCAAAUCAACCCCAUAAAACCCUAAAGCCACCACCACCACCAAAACUAUGCUACCAGAUGGUGUCUCCCCUUUCUUCUUGCAAUUGCUGUCUUUUUAAUAAUGUAUGUUGUAUUGUUAAUUAAUGUGAAUAUCAAAUUAAACACUUGAAACUUACAUGUUUAUUAUGCAGGUAGGAGGCAAGGUGGAAUCUAUUUUUAACUCAUCGCUGUCGUGGUGGUGGUGUGCACACAACUUGAGUUCUCCGAUUUGUAUUUUCAGUGCUGGCGUCGGUGGUUUGAUUUUCAGCAACUGUGACGGGGUGUUCUCGGCAGUGGUCAGCUCUGAGCUUUGAACUCUCAGAGGAGCCGGGGGGGAGACCGGCACGUCUUCCUUGCUCGCAGCGUCAGAGACACCGUGGAGGAGAAACUUCCCUUUCCAGUCCUGUUUUCCUGUUGAUAAAUUCAGUCCUCAUGAUCCCAGUACGUUCGAGCUGCUCUGCGUCUGAUUUUUGGUGCGUGUGACAGUUUGCAUGGGAAACUUGUGAGCAAGAAGACGGAAAAAGCUGUUGGGCUCCAUCGCCUUGCAUAAAAAUGGCCGAGGGUCUUGUCUUGCGAGCUCUGUGCAUGGAGUGAUACAAACAGAUCUUGCCGUGGCGGUGAUGGAGGAGGCAGAACUGAGGAUUUCCGAGUGAUCGCUUUCAAAGCCCGGAAAGGAACUCUUACGGCGGGUCUGGCCUAACUGAGAUGACAGUCAUGUCCCUUUCCAGGGACAUCAAGGACGACUGCCACAGCGACACGGUGCUCUCCAUCCUGAACGAGCAGCGCAUCCGGGGCGUCCUGUGCGACGUCACCAUCAUCGUGGAGGACACCAAGUUCAAGGCCCACAGCAAUGUCCUGGCCGCGUCCAGCCUGUAUUUCAAGAACAUCUUCUGGAGCCACACGAUCUGCAUCUCCAGCCACGUCCUGGAGCUGGACGACCUCAAGGCCGAGGUGUUCACGGAGAUCCUCAACUACAUCUACAGCUCCACGGUGGUGGUCAGGACUCGGGAGACGGUCACCGACCUGGCCGCCGCCGGCCGGAGGCUGGGGAUCGCCUUCCUGGAGGACCUCACCGACCGCAGCUUCGCCAGCUCGCCCAGCCCCUACGUCUUCUGCAUCACCGAGAAGGGCACGGUGAAGGAGGAGAAGAGCGACAGGCGGCCUGAGGAGCCGGGGGUGGUGAACGGGCCCCGCAUCACCAACGCCUUCUCCAUCAUGGAGACCGAGAGCGGCGGCGGCAUGUUCUCCCCGCUGGACCUGAGAGCCAGCUUCAAGAAGAUGUCCGACUCCAUGAGGACGGCCGGCCUCUGCCUGGAGCGCCCCGACGGGUGCCGCGAGGCCGAGCCGGUGCGCACGCUGGCGGAGCACUCGUACGCCGUGUCCUCCCUCCCGGAGACCUACCGGAGCCAGCCGCCCCCGCGCCUGGCGGAGCCCGACCGCGGCUCGCCCGAGCGGGCCGGCCCCGCGCGCAGCGAGGCCCCCGCCGCCCCGCUCCACGCGGGCCCCCGGGCCGGGACCCUCUCCCUGCCCCCGGACGCCGACCCCACCCCGGAGGACCUGGCGGCCCCGCCCGCGCCCAGCCCGCAGGCCGCCCGGCGAGGGAGGAGCCCGCCGCCGGCCGCCGCCCUCCCCCCCGCCCCGUCUCCCGACCGGGAGGACGUGCCCCCGUCCCGGGAGGACGGCCCCGCCACGGCGGCCGCCACCACCGCCGCCGCCACCACCACGACGGCGCACCCCUUUCCCGACGGCGCCGCCGCCGGGCCGCCCCCCGCGGCCGAGGUCCCGCCGCUCAUCUACAGCUGCAGCUGCUGCGCCCAGUCCUUCGACAGCAGCGCCCUCCUGGGCGCCCACAUGCAGCUCCACCGGCCCACCCAGGAGCCCCUGGUGUGCAAGUACUGCAACAAGCAGUUCACCACGCUCAACAGGCUGGACCGCCACGAGCAGAUCUGCAUGCGGGCCGGCCAGCUGCCCGCCGCCGGCGACGGCGCCCGCUUCCUGGAGAAGUACCCCACCAUAGGGCAGCACGGGGGGGCCUUCCCCGGCCCCGAGGCCUUACUGGCCCCACGCAGGACCGGGGAGCUCCCCGGCGCGGGCGGCGCCCUGCAGGACGCGGACCACAUGGUGAAGUUCGUGAACGGGCAGAUGCUGUACAGCUGCGUGGUGUGCAAGCGGAGCUACGUGACGCUGUCCAGCCUGCGGCGGCACGCCAACGUGCACUCGUGGCGGCGGACCUACCCCUGCCACUACUGCAACAAGGUGUUCGCGCUGGCCGAGUACCGCACGCGCCACGAGAUCUGGCACACGGGCGAGCGGCGCUACCAGUGCAUCUUCUGCCUGGAGACCUUCAUGACCUACUACAUCCUGAAGAACCACCAGAAGUCCUUCCACGCCAUCGACCACCGGCUCUCCGUGAGCAAGAAGACGGCCAACGGGGGCCUCAAGCCCGCCGUGUACCCCUACAAGCUCUACCGGCUGCUGCCCAUGAAGUGCAAGCGGGCCCCCCUCAAGAGCUUCCGGAGCAACCCCUACGAGCCCCCGCGGGACCCCCGGCCGGCCCCCGAGCCGGCGCCCGGGCCUCCGCCGCGCACCGCCCCGCAGGACGCGCCGCUGCUGCCGCCGGGCCUUCCUGGGCGAGGCCGGCUGGUGGCCCUGGCCCCCCCGGCCGACCUCCUCCCGCCGGGGGCGCCCGCCGCCCAGGACCCGGCCGCCUCCACCGACGGGCAGAAGGUGGAGGGCGGCGGGUGGGGGCUGGGCGCCCCGGAGCUGCACCUGGACGGCGGCGGCUUCUACACCCCGGCCCGGCCGCGGGCCCCCGCCCCGCAGGAGAAGCCGGCGGCGUCCGUGAUCAGCUUCGGGGGCGCGGCGCCGUCCGUCAUCGUGCACGGCCGCCAGUUCUCCUCCGUGAUCACGCACGGCAAGGCCGUGGCCGGGGGCCCCCCCCGCCGCCCCGGCCGAGCCCGCCGCCAGCCAGGCCCCUCGGGGACGCCCCCCGAGGCAGGGCCAAAGCCCCCAAGGAGAGGAAGAAGACCCCCCCCGUCCGGCAAGGGGGAGGCCGCCGAGGAGGCGGUGGAGUGCAAGGCCGAACCCCCCGGCGGCCCCCGGGCAGAGCCGCCGCCGCCGCCCGAGCCCGGCAAGAAGACCAGCAAGAUCGAGACGUACAUCGCGAAGCCCGCGCUGCCCGGGACGUCCACGGACAGCAACGUGGCGCCCCUGUGCCAGAUCACCGUGAAGAUCGGGAACGAGGCCAUCGUGAAGCGGCACAUCCUCGGCUCCAAGCUGUUCUGCAGGCGGGGCCGGCGGUCCCCGGUACGCCGUGCCCGAGGAGCCGCCGCCGCCGCCCCCCCCCCCGAGAGCCAGCCGGGGGUCCCCGCGGACGGCCCGCUGGAGCUGUGCCACGCCGAGUGCGUGGAGCUGAGCGAGGCCUUCGAGGACGCCAGCGACCAGGACUCCUCCGACAAGCCGUGGCGCCCCUACUACAACUACAAGCCCAAGAAGAAGUCCCGGCAGCUGCGCAAGAUGAGGAAGGUGAGCUGGCGGAAGGACCCCCGGAGCCCGGGCGGCGGCUGGCGCAAGUACCCGGCCGAGCUGGACCGCGCCCCGGCCCGGCCCGCCCCGGAGAAGGCGCCGCCCGAGGACGAGGACCACAAGGAGAUGCCCAAGCUGCAGUGCGAGCUGUGCAACGGCGACCGGGCGGCGGGGGCCGGCGGCCCGGGGCGGCCCCACCAGCACCUCCCCGCCAAGCCCCACCACACGUGCGAGCUGUGCGCCAAGCAGUUCCAGAGCCCCUCCACGCUCAAGAUGCACAUGCGCUGCCACACCGGCGAGAAGCCCUACCAGUGCCAGACGUGCGGCGCCGCUUCUCCAUGCAGGGCAAACCUGCAGAAGCACGCGCGCAUCCACCUGGGCCUCAAGGAGUUCGUGUGCCGCUACUGCAGCAAGGCCUUCACCCUCAACGAGACGCUCAAGAUCCACGAGCGCAUCCACACCGGCGAGAAGCGCUACCACUGCCAGUUCUGCCUCCAGGGCUUCCUCUACCUGUCCACCAAGAGGAACCACGAGCGGAGGCACGCCCGCGAGCACGACGGCAAGGGCUUCGCCUGCUUCCAGUGCCAGAUCUGCAAGACGGCCGCCGCCCUGGGCAUGCACCAGAAGAAGCACCUGUUCAAGAACCCGGCCAAGCUGGAGAAGGCGGGGGACCCGGACGCCCCGGCGCCCGCGGACUCGGGGGACAACGGCCAAAGCGACGGCCUGCACGCCGCGGCGGAGAACGCCCUCUGAGCCACGAUCGUCAGAGAGAGAGAGAGAGAGAGCGAGCGAGCGCUCGGCGGGAUGGUUGGGG